AUGCAUCAUCCAAUUUUAUCAUGUCUCACUGCUCUUACCAGCUGGACUGCCGUGGCCCUCGCCCUGGGACGACAUUCAUAUCCCCAACCCGUGCAACAUACCAACUACAUCUUCAACGCCAUUCACGCUUCCAUGAGACAAUGGGGGUCCUCGCUACAUCAUAAUGGCAUGUCCUUCUUCCUUGCCUCCGUACCGCAGGGGACUAAGCUCUACCAUGGCGAUUCACGUUCAGACAUUAUCUCCGACAUUGGUUGGAUGGCCUUUGAUCAUGAACACGCGAUGGUAUUUUCUCGUCCGGCUUCCAGGUCAUUACAGGGCCCGUCGGAUCAAUCCAGCUCGCAGCAAGUGAUGGCAUCCCAGGAAGAGAAAGAUGAGGCGGGUUGGUUCCAUACCUACGUGACUAGAAACGAUCUGCGACUGGUUUACAUCGAUGGAACCUCGGUGGGAAAGUCACAUAUAGGCACACUGGACCUGCAGGAUCGGGUUCUUUUUGAGGAUAAACUUGAGAGCAGAGGUGAGGAAUGGAAUGGCCGGAUUGACGGCGUGAUUCGCAUGGCUGCUGGAUUUGAGAUCAUCCUCUGCAAACCCGAGCAGAUGCUAAAGCCAGUGCAUAUUUCCCGCGCCAAGCUCUCCGGUCAGGAUAAAGGAAAGCAGGGCAGCAAGCCGGGGAAAUUGCUUCGCACCGUCACGUCCAAAUAUCACAUCAUGAGUGAUCCGCUUUGA